UUGCUGUCUCCUUUGUUCGCCCUCGUUGCGCAGUAGUCCUAGCGGCUUCUCUGUUCUGUUCCCGGAUCCAGCAGCUGUCACUCGUGCUGAGCUGCUUGAAAGGCCUUGUCGGCGAGCUCGUAGGAGCUUGAGACCGUCACCACCCCUCCGCAGACUCAUCAGGGGGGAAAAUGGUUGAAGCAGAUCGCCCAGGAAAGCUCUUCAUUGGUGGGCUUAACACGGAAACGAAUGAGAAAGCCCUUGAAGCAGUAUUUGGCAAAUAUGGACGAAUAGUGGAAGUGCUCUUGAUGAAAGAUCGUGAAACCAACAAAUCAAGAGGAUUUGCUUUUGUCACCUUUGAAAGUCCAGCAGAUGCUAAGGAUGCAGCCAGAGACAUGAAUGGAAAGUCCUUAGAUGGAAAAGCCAUCAAGGUGGAACAAGCCACCAAACCAUCAUUUGAAAGUGGUAGACGUGGCCCACCUCCACCUCCAAGAAGCAGAGGCCCUCCCAGAGGUCUUAGAGGAGGAAGAGGAGGAAGCGGAGGAACUAGGGGACCUCCCUCACGUGGAGGGCAUAUGGAUGAUGGUGGCUAUUCCAUGCAUUUUAACAUGAGUUCUUCCAGGGGACCUCUUCCAGUAAAAAGAGGACCACCACCAAGAAGUGGGGGUCCUCCUCCUAAAAGGUCAGCCCCUUCAGGACCAGUUCGCAGCAGCAGCGGAAUGGGAGGAAGAGCUCCUGUAUCACGUGGAAGAGAUAGUUAUGGAGGCCCACCUAGAAGGGAACCCCUGCCCUCUCGUAGAGAUGUUUAUUUAUCCCCAAGAGAUGAUGGAUAUUCUACUAAAGACAGCUAUUCAAGCAGAGAUUACCCAAGUUCUCGUGACACAAGAGAUUAUGCACCACCUCCGAGAGAUUAUACUUACCGUGAUUAUGGUCAUUCCAGUUCACGUGAUGACUAUCCAUCAAGAGGCUAUAGUGAUAGAGAUGGAUAUGGUCGGGAUCGUGAUUAUUCAGAUCAUCCAAGUGGAGGUUCCUACAGAGAUUCAUAUGAGAGUUAUGGUAACUCACGUAGUGCUCCACCUACACGAGGGCCCCCGCCAUCUUAUGGUGGAAGCAGUCGCUAUGAUGAUUACAGCAGCUCACGUGACGGAUAUGGUGGAAGUCGAGACAGUUACUCAAGCAGCCGAAGUGAUCUCUACUCAAGUGGUCGUGAUCGGGUUGGCAGACAAGAACGAGGGCUUCCCCCUUCUAUGGAAAGGGGGUACCCUCCUCCACGUGAUUCCUACAGCAGUUCAAGCCGCGGAGCACCAAGAGGUGGUGGCCGUGGAGGAAGCCGAUCUGAUAGAGGGGGAGGCAGAAGCAGAUACUAGAAACAAACAAAACUUUGGACCAAAAUUCCCCGUUCAAAGAAACAAACAAAAAGUGGAAACCAUUCUGUCAUAACUACCCAAGGACUACUAAAAGGAAAAAUUGUGUUACCUUUUUUAAAUUUCCUGUUAAGUUCCCCUUCAUAAUUUUUUAUGUUCUUGUGAGGGAAAAAAAGUAAAACAUGUUUAAUUUCAUUUGAUUUUGAGUUGCUUUCAACAAGCAAAUGUUAAAUGUGUAAGACUUGUUGUACUAGUGUUGUAAUUUUCUAAGUAAAAGUGUCCCUAAAGGCCACUUCCUAUCCAGUUUUUCCCAGUAAAUGAGGCAAGCAAUUCUAAGAUCUUCCACAAACAUCUAGCCAUCUAGAUGUCCAUUGAUCUCCACUGAGAGAUGAAUCGUUCUGCCUAUACAAAGAAGCUAGCUAUUAGAGGGUGGUCGGGGUAUGCUACUCUUAGGAUUUCAGGGUGUCUUCCAACUGAAAUCUCAAUGUUCUCAGUAUGCAAAACCUGAGAUCAGAUAUCUAUGUAAGGAAAGUGCUAUUCACCCAGUAAAUCCCCCUCCCCCCAAAAAAACCAAAUGGAUAAUGCUGGCCAUAUUUUGCCUUUCUGACAUUUCCUUGGGAAUCUGCAAGAACCUCCCUUUUCCCCUCCCCCAAUAAGACCAUUUAAGUGUGUGUUAAACAACUACAGAAUACUAAAUAAAAAGUUUGGCCAAAACCAACCAUGAAGCUGCAAACGAUGCUUGCUCUUACUGUUUCAAAUUUUUGCAACUCUGUAGUGUCUCACUUUUAAAGGAACAGCUUGAUUGCAAAGGAGAAAAUAGAUAAGCAAUGAAGUUAUCUCCAACUUCCUAAAGGCUUAUGACUUCUAAAAAGUGAAUCUAUCAGCAUUCCACAUCAGAUUUAAAGCACCAAAUGCCUGUGAAACAGCAAAGAUGGUUGAGGACUUAUGGUCAUUGUGGUCAUGGAGUGCUGAUUUAUUCACAGUAGAUAAAGCUGGCAGCAAGAGAAAUCAAAUGCUAAGAGUUGUUGAAGCAGAAGAAUGCUGAUUGUCGAUCAGUCACAGCAGUCGCAUAAGCAGUGCUCAUCAGAAUUGGUUUGGUGCAGGCAAUAGGUUUUUGUCUUCAAGGGUUCUUAUGGAUCUGAGGAAGGCAUUAGUGUUGAUUAACACUCUUAACCAGGGAGUGGUAGUUACUUAAAAUUGACCAAAUGGAGAAAGGGAAACAAAGAAAUUGGCAAGUGGAGGAGGUACUCAGAAAGUUCUUGUGGCUAUUUAUAUAGAGUUUAUAGCUUUGGCUUUCAUUUUGUUUAGCUGAAGCAACUCUGCAAUUUAGAACUAAGUAUCACUGGAUAUCAGAAAGUUGAGUUAAGGGCUGAGGAUGUAGCUCAGUGGUAGAGCACCUGCCUAGCAUGCCUGAAUGCCCUGGGUUCAUCCCCAGUACUGCAAAAGAAAAGAAGGGAAAAAAAAAAGUUGAAUCAUGAUAGGCAUUAAGUGAUAACUCGUAACUCUCUUUCCAGUAGUGUCUUGAUUUUCAGCAAGUGAAACUUAUUUUGGCAUUAGCUUAUCAGGUUCAGUUUUACAUCAAAACUAAAGCAAGGAGUAACAUGGGGAAAAUGAAAGUAACAACUGGAAACAUUGCUAGAAUGGUGGAAAGCACACUUGAAACUGGAAACAAAUUGGCCACUUGGUUAUUGUAUCGUUUUAUAAGCUUACUUUACCCACAGCUCCCAAUCUUGGAAACAAAUCGUGAUAAAACCAGUUUAUUGCUUUGGAGAGCCAAUAAUUUAAAUACUAAUGUUCUCAAAACAGAGUUGUUGGGUUAGAGGAAGCAGCUCAACUUCUGAGAAUUUUUGCAUGGUAUAAUACUAUCUCGUUUAACAUCUGUGAUUCAGGAAAAUAAAAUUUAACCCUCGUUGGUCACAUUCCUAACUCACAGACCAUGAGGAUACUGACCAAUUAAUUAAGUAGUUGCACUUGAAUAGCUGUCUUAGCUCAAGUCUUCCAUAAUCAAAUUACUUGAGUUGGUGCUUCUGUGAGGACCUUUUGGCUCUUGAGAUUUUAUUUAGAUUUCUUGGAGAUAGUGUAGAAUAGACUAAUUGUAGUAUGAAUACUAAAUUCAAAGUAAGGAGUAUGCUUAAAUGAUCAGACACUUUUUUAACAACUUAAAAGACCCAGAAGGCUUAGUUUUUCCAUUGGUAAAGAGUUGGUCUUGGUUCAUCUUGCUUUAUAUUGGUUGUAAAAGAAACGGAAUGAUAAUAUGUUUUCCUUGUUUGACUGGUAGUUGAACAUAGAACUUAGGUAUUAUAGAUCAUUUUCACUUUUUGGAAUGUUUUGUAUUGAGACAAUAAAACUUUAACGUGCA